UGGCAAUAAGUUGGGGACUCGCUGGCCAUGCUUUGAUGGCGCUAUUGUAAAGUUUACGCUUUGGGAACAAGUUGGAAAUGUGUAGCCUAUUGGUAGUGUGAGGUACAUAGGCUAUAACACUUCCCCUGCUGUUCCCCACAUUGUUGGAUUACAUUCGAAACAAGGCACUUUGCGUUGAUUCGUGGACGGUCAAAUAAAAUUAAAAAUGGGAAGGGGUCAGCUUGCUGGUUUGCACGGCUAGGUAGUUUAAAGCUAACAGUUUGUAGCAUGGAUGAUGCCAUUGGCUGUUAACAAUUGGUAGCGGUGUGGAAGCUGCAGGUUAUAUAGUAAUUACUAGGAUGCUGCAUGGACAGUGCGGCCACUACAUUUUAAUUUAGCAUUGCCUAGAUUGGUGCAAGACACGCAUUUGAUUCUGAGCUGGCAAGUAGACUAACCUCACUGAAACCUGUGCACAUUUUUAACAAAUUGUCGCCACACUGGUUGAAACAUUCUUCAGCCUGACUAGUUACUACAUACGCCACCUGUGCUACUAAUUAUAUCAUUGGGUUCCACACUUCGAUACAUUUGUUUCUGUUUGUGUCCUAGAUUGUUGUCUGCCACACGGAUACAUUUUAGAACGUCGGAGAGUGCGACGCACAUCAUGGCUGAUGCCCACUCCAGUACGGGGACCACACCAGACAAGAGGAAAGGGGGCUUUGAAAUAUCCAUUCCCUUCGAGAAUGGCACAAGCAACAACUCCGGUGAUCCAGCAACAAACGGUUCGAAUCCAAACGAGCCACCAUUUGAAGUCUCAUCUAUCAACGUUUCCACAGGUCACCUAAGUGUAGGACAACAGGCGCCGUGCGACUCGUACCUGUUGAUCGCCAACCUGCGCAUGCACCUGCAGAUCUCCCUGGAGAAGAACUCCUGGCAGCAGAAGCGCAUCGAGGACCUGGAGGAGGAGAGAGACUUCCUACGCUGCCAGCUCGACCGGCUCAUCAACAUCACCAAGAACCAGGAGUUCAUUGAGAGGCAAACCGAGUCUCCACAAGGCCUCAUCCCGAACCCUCCAGCCAGUCCCUUCCCGGUCAGGACCGCUCCUCUCCUGCGCUCCGCUGUUGCCCGCCAGCAGCCGAGGCUGAAAAUGCAAGGCAGCAUUCAGGCUGAAGAGUAUGAGGACGUGAUGGAGGAGUACCUGGAGGAAGACGGAUACCUGGAGGAGGAGAUGGUGUCAGAGGACGAUGGAGGCAAGAAGUCCAAGAGGGGGAAGGCUGGAGACAAAACCAGCUCCGGAGGAGGAUGUGUGAAGCGGACACGUCUGUUCCGUAUUAAGCGGGGUAUGGAAAGACAAAGAGUGAAAGACCCCGCAGGUGUCCUGCUGCGCUACAAGAAGAUCCUGGUGACCUACCAGAAGCUGAAGAGCAUGUCCAAGGCCUUCCAGAUGCACGGCGUGGACCGCAACACGGUGGCCUCCACCACGCCCAUCGCCGAGCUGCUGCUGGUGGCGCCCGAGAAGGUGCCCGAGGUGGGCGAGUUCGACCCGGGCAAGGAGAAGCUCCUGGACUACGCGCGGCGCUGCUACAAGGCGCUGGACGAGGAGACGCAGCUCAAGGUGCAGGCCCUGAAGAAGACCCACCUCCUGCUGCCCAUCUCCUACCGCUUCAGGACGGUGUAAAAGGAAGAGAUGGACGA